CUUUUUUCGAGAUUGAAACUUCUCUUUUUUCUCCCUCUUCCCGCAGUCUCUUUCCAUCAUCAUAUCAUUCUCAUUCGUUACUAGACCAAAGAGAGAAAGACGAACAUAUGAAAUGUACAUUCGUAUCUUUAGAAUUGAUUAUUUUCUGUUAUCAUGGUGCCCUUGGUGUAGAUGAAAAAAUUCAAUUCCAUCGCCUCAGUAAUCACGAAGAAGAACAAGUCUAUUCGAAUACUGUACUUAUAAUUGAUCAUUCGAAAGAGAAAAAAAAUUCUUUUGUAAUCAGAGGCUUUCCACCGAUGUAACUCACUGAAUAUUCACCAUGAAAACCUUGUCAGUGUAUUAACUGUUCUUCUAUUCAGUCUCAUCAUCAUCAUAUCUUCAUCUUCUCUCUUUCUCUCUCAGAUUAGUUGAUAUUCAUUUCUAUCCUUGUUUGACUUUCUCUCUCUCUCUCACUCCCAUUCGAGAUGUUUAUUUACAAUUUGGAUCCAUUAUCUGGUUACCCCUUUAGUUACCAAGGUGAAAGAAAAUUCAUCCAUUGUUUCAUCAUAUAAAUCGUUAUAAUCGCCGGUGUUUGUUUAUCCAAUUUACCUGAAGAGAUUUGGUCGACCUGUGAUACUAUUCAUGAUCCAUGAUACAUGGUGACUGUGAUUGAUUAUUGAAUGUUACCUUAGUCUCUUCUGCUCAUUAACCAGAAUCAAAAAAUGUCAAUAUUUCUCUCUGUUGACAUCACUCACUACACUCAAUUCGAGUCAUCAUUAGUUGAUUUUUCUCGGUGAAACUUGAUUCAUUUUACCUUCAGUUCUGAAAAUGAUUUACUGAUUUUCUCAGGUUUUUUUCCUCUGUCUGGUCAUCUCUUGGUCAUCUUUCUACUCUAUUGGUUAUGUGGGUUAAUGAAAACAACAUUUAGACUAAUCAACAUUCUUAAUCAUCUGUGAGCUUAAUCAUCUUAUAUAUAUUUGUUUCUCCCGCUAUUCAGCAUCUUAAUCUUCAUCAAUUGAAACAAUUUUCUAAUGUCAAUUGUGAUUUUGUUGUGUAAUCAAAACAACUAAUAUUUGUUUUCUCUUUACUGUCAAAAAGCUGAUACUCUUUAAAUCAUUUUCUAUGAACAAUAUUGACAAUCAAUUGGAAGGGUCAAGCUACUCAAUGGUCAGGGAGAAAGAACCACAGACCAGAAUUUACGAUAAUGAAGGUUACAGGAGAAGAGCUUCUUGUCUUUGUGUAAGAGAUGAACUUGAAAAUGAGGUUCUUUUGGUUUCGAGUAGCAGUUCUCGAGGUCGAUGGGUUGUUCCUGGCGGUGGACUUGAACCUCAUGAAGAUUCACGAGAAGCCGCAAUUCGUGAGGUCAUUGAAGAGGCUGGAGUCAAAGGCCAUAUAAUUAGACCUCUGGGAACCUUUCAGAAUAACGAGAGAAAACAUCGAACUGACGUUUUUAUACUGGUUGUCACUCAAGAACUUUCUGAAUGGGAAGAUGCCAUAAAAAUCGGUCGUGGACGAAAAUGGUUCACCUUGAAUGAAGCUAUCGACGUUUUAUCAGAACACAAACCAAUCGAAUGUGAUUAUAUCAGAUUGUUGAUUAAAAAUAAGACAAAUUAACUCAUCAGGAAACUUGAAAUUAUUGUGAUGACAAUUUAGUCCUGGAAAGACAACAAUCAUGAUUGUGGUUUUAAAUAAUCUCAUUUAAUCAACUGGUCGGUUGUAACUAUUGCUUGACCAUUAAUCAUGACCUUUUAUCACUAAAUCCAUUGAAAGUUUACUGAUUGUUGACAAAAUGUUGUCACUAUUUUGAUGAUUAACUUUCAAUGAUAAUCAAAAAUAUUGUUAAAUUUUCAAUACUUUCAACCAAACUAAUUAAUAUUUUUAUCAAUGAUUACAAUGAGAGUAAUCAUAUUGAUUAGUUUAAUUGGUUGUAAUGAUUAUUACCUUAGUUACCUGUUGAUUGUUGAUAUUACAACUUUUUAAAUAUUAAUAAAAUUAAUCAUUCCCCCCUCCCCAA